CCAUUGGUUUCCCGGGCAAAACAGCUGAGUUUGCGUCGUGACGACUUCGAGAUCCUGAAGGUGAUCGGCAGAGGAGCCUUUGGGGAGGUGGCCGUCGUGCGGAUGAAGCAGACGGAGAAAAUCUAUGCCAUGAAGAUCCUGCACAAGUGGGAAAUGCUGAAGAGAACCGAGACGGCUUGUUUCCGAGAGGAAAGGGAUGUCCUCGUGCACGGCGACAGGCAGUGGAUCACCACGUUGCAUUACGCCUUCCAGGACGAGCACUACCUGUACCUGGUGAUGGAUUAUUAUGCUGGAGGAGACCUACUCACCCUGCUCAGCAAGUUUGAGGACCGGCUGCCGGAAGACAUGGCUUGUUUCUACCUAGCCGAGAUGGUCCUGGCCAUCCAUUCCCUCCACCAGCUCCAGUAUGUCCACAGAGACAUCAAGCCGGACAAUAUUCUGAUUGACACCAGCGGGCACAUCCGCCUGGCGGACUUUGGGUCCUGCCUCCGCCUGGCUUCGGAUGGCACGGUGGAGUCCUCGGUGGCCGUGGGCACCCCCGAUUACAUCUCCCCUGAGAUUCUUCAAGCCAUGGAGGACCGAAAAGGCAAAUACGGCCCCGAGUGUGAUUGGUGGUCUCUGGGGGUCUGCAUGUAUGAGCUGCUUUUCGGGGAAACCCCUUUCUACGCCGAGUCCCUGGUGGAAACAUACGGCAAGAUCAUGAACCACGAGGACCACCUGCAGUUCCCCCCGGAUAUCACCGACGUCUCGGAGAGCGCCAAGGACCUGAUCCGCGAGCUCUUGUGCCGCCAAGAAGUCCGCCUGGGCCAGAAGGGCAUUGAGGACUUCACGCGUCACCCUUUCUUUGAGGGCAUCGACUGGGAGGGCCUCCGCAAGAGCCCUCCUCCCUUGGUCCCUGAGGUGGCCAGUCCGGCCGACACCUCCAACUUCGAUGUCGAUGAUGACACCUUAAAAGAAGCGGAGACGCUUCCACCCAUCUCCCACACCACGUUCUCGGCCCACCACCUCCCCUUCGUUGGAUUCACCUACACCUCCGGGAUACCCUUCCCUGAGAGACCCCCGGUGUCGCCCCCAACCAGCUCCAGCCUCAGCCGGCUUGAGAAAAGGAUCCGUCAGCUGGAACGGGAGAAAAUGGAACUGAGUCGGAAACUGCAAGAUUCUCUGGCGAGAUCCCCUUCCAAGACCCCGGCCAAGGAUGCGGAGAUCCGAAGUCUCCAAAACGAGGUGGCUACUUUGAAGAGACAAUUGACAGAAAACCAGCUGGAGAAUGACAAGAUGCAGAAACAGUAUCACAAUCGCGUCGCACUGGCUCAAGUGAAGGCCUUGGAGGACCGGCUGACGUUUCUGGAACAGGAGAAGAAGGAUGCACUUCAGGGUGUGACUGAGCUGCAGAAGCAGCUACAGGCUCAGGCUUGGGAGCUACAAGAGGAGCAGGAGCGCCAUCGAGAGACAGCAGAGGAACUGCAGAGCGCCGAAGCCAAAUGUGGGGAGCUGCAGGCCCAGUUGAUGCGGCACUCGCGCCUGCUGCGGGAACGACUGGAGGAGACGGAAGCUGCUGCUCGACGGGUAGAAGGGCUACGGAAGGAGCUGGCCCGUACUGAGAGUGGACGCAAGGAGCUGGAGCUCCGGAUCGAAAACCUGGUGGGCGAGGUGACCAAGCAGCGAAAGGGACGGGAAAGAGCGGAGCAGCAAAUGCGGAAGUUGAAAGAAGAGCUGGAGGAGCUGCGGGCAAAGCCAAGCACGGCCAUCUUCAAGCGGUCCAGCUCCAGGAAACGUCCAGAGCCGUGCGGGCCUUGGAAGGAGGAGCUGCAAGCCAAGGGACGGCAGGUCGAGGCUCUGACGGAGGAGGUGGCCCAACUGCAGGAGCAGCUGGAGAAAGCCAGGAGGCAGCGGUGCGAAAAUAUGGAGCCCUGCAGAGGAAGCCAAGCGGCCACGAACAAUAGCGGCGGCUCCCGGCCUUCUUGUGACCAGGUGGAUUCUCGGGGGAACGACGCCUCGCACCCGGGACCGGGGAGCUGCCCGUCUGAAUUCCACAGAGCCGCCUUCACCAACUGGGAGACUCAGAUCGCCAACAUUUUGAAGUGGAAGGACGCCAUCGCUUUUGGGAACACGGCCGACUCCCAGGAGGCGCGGAGACCGUCCGAGGAGGUUCAGGUGUACCCCGAAGGCAGGAGAAGCCUCCAGUCCAACGCAGGAGCCCCGCUUGCCGAGAGCGGCCAUUCCGCAUCCCUCAAGCCCAAAACGCACAGCUUCAAAACCCACAGCUUCUCGGCCCCCACCAAGUGCAUGCGCUGCACGUCGCUGAUGGUCGGGCUGGUCCGGCAAGGCCUGGCUUGUGAGGCCUGCAACUUUGUCUGCCAUGUUUCCUGUGCGUCUGGAGCCUCCAUCUGCCCCAUGCCCCCGGAGCAGCUGCAGAAAACCCUGGGGGUGAAUCCGGUGAAUGGAACUGGCACCGCCUUUGAGGGGUAUUUGUCGGUGCCCAAGCCCUCCGGGGUGAGGAAGGGCUGGCAGAAGGCCUUCGUGGUCAUCAGUGACUUCAAGAUUUUCCUCUUCGACGCCUCCGAAGGGAAGAUCUCACAGGGUGUCAUGCAUGUCACAGAUAUGCGGGAUGAGCAGUUUUCCGUGGCUCCUGUCCUCGCCUCCGAUGUCAUCCAUGCUAACAAUAAAGAUGUGCCUUGUAUCUUCCGGGUGACGUCCACCCAGCUCUCCUGCCCUCCCACCACCAGCUCCAUGCUCUUCCUGGCCGACAGCGAGGCCGAGAUGCGGAGGUGGACGCAGGUGCUGAGCGAGCUGCAGCAGAUGCUGCGACAGAACCGGCACUGCAACCGCUCAGUCUACGUGCUGAAAGAGGCCUACGACAACGGGCUGCCCUUCAUCCCGCAUGCCCUUUCGGCCGCAAUCCUAGACCGGGAACGACUCACUCUGGGUACAGAUUACGGACUUUUCCUUGUUAAUCUCAGGACAAAUGAUGUGCUGCGGGUGGGCGACUGCCGGCGGGUGCAGCUGCUGCUGGUCUCCCCCGAAGCUCAGCUGCUCUCUGUGCUCUGCGGCAAGAACCAUGGACUCCGCGUCUUCUCGUGGGCGGAGCUGGAGACCCCCGAGGCGCCGGGGACCAAAGUGCUGGAGGCCAAAGGCUGCCAGGCGGUGGCCGUGGGGCUGAUCUGCCGCGGCACGACCCCCGUGCUCUGUGUGGCCUGCAAACGCCAGGUCCUGUGCUUCCAGAUGGCUGCCACACACCCGCCCCACCGCCGUAUCAAGGAGAUCCAAGCGCUGGGAUACGUCCAGUGCCUGGAUGUGUUGGGUGACCGCCUCUGCGUGGGCUACCCGUCCGGCUUCUCCCUCUACCCUCUGCUCAAUGAAGGGUCCCCUGUCAGCCUGCCCCACGCAGACGAUAUCCGGGCAUCCGCCGUGGCCCAGAUGGAAGCGCUGAAAGCCGUGGAGGUCAGCCUGAGCGAGUUCAUCUUGUGCUUCAGCGGAUUCGGCCUCUAUGUGGACGCGCACGGCUACCGGAGCCGGGCCCAGGAGCUGAUGUGGCCAGCUGCUCCUCUCAGCUGCUGCUAUAAUGCCCCUUAUUUGUCAGUAUUCAGCGAAAACAGCCUAGAUAUCUUUGACGUACGGAAGGCCGAGUGGAUUCAAACUGUCUGUCUGAAAAAGGUGCGUGCACUGAAUCCCGAAGGCUCGUUGUGCACCUUCGGCAGCGAAAAAGUCCGGCUCACCUACCUCAGGAACAAAGGUGCAGACCAGGAUGAGUUCGAAAUUCCCCAGACCACUGAUAACAGCCGGCGGUACCUCAUGAGGACUAGGCACAAGCGGUGCUUCUCUUUCCGGAUCACCGAGGAGGAGCGGCAACAUCAGAGGAGAGAGAUGAUGCGCAACCCCAGCCUCCGUGCCAAGCUCAUCUCUUCCCCAAGCAACUUCAACCACCUGGUCCAUGUCGGGCCGAGCGAAAAGCAGCGCCAGCUACAGGACCUACACUCGGCGCAGGAAGAGAAGAAGGAGGCCGACGUCCGAAUGCGCUGCAGCAGCCUCUCCGAGAUGCGACGGCCGUCACCUGAGGGCCACAACGGGAUAACCCCUUUGGGGUCUGUUUCCUCCCUAAGACUCAAGUCAGCCAGCUCGACCUCUGACAACUCCUCGGUGUCUCCACAAUCUUUCUUCUCUGGCGUUUCGUCACUGGGAGAGCAGGUCUCAGAUUCGAGUCUUCGGUCCAGCCCAAGGAGCACCAGCACCACAUGACAGAAGAGGGCCCGGGGCUACCAGUGCCCAGCCGGACCACGUGUGAAAUGAGCCCGCCGGUGCCAGUUUGCAACAGACCAUCCAGCUCGUUUUGACGUACCUGCUUGCUAUCAUCCAAGGAAGGGGAGGCGAGGAAGGACGGUCAGUGGCCGGACCCUGGGUCGGCUGCGGGAAAGCCACACCCCUGUGCUGCACUUAAACCCUAUGGUGGGAGAGUGGAUCUGUGUCCCUCCUGCACUCCUCCUUCCAUUGAUCUUUGAACCUUGGAGAACACAAGAACCGCUGCCGCUGCGUGGAUCCCGCUGCCGACACCAAUUCUCCCCUGCCCUGCUUGUUGCACAAAUAGCCAUGGGGUCAAGACACUUUUUAAAGACCUUUUUAAUGUUUACUUUAAAAAAAAACAAAAAAAAGCUAAGCUAUUGCCAGCCAUAUCCUAAACAGGAGGAGGUUAACCUCUGGGUGAAUGCACAUUAAAAAGAAAACCAAACCAAACCACACGAACUGUCUGAAGGGCUGUUUCUUGAAAUAAUUCCGGAGUAACUUGAGAAGUAACAGAAGGUCGAGGGUGUUUUUUUUCCCUAGCCUGAAUUUUGCCAAACUUUCAGCCCAGACCUUUGAAUUAAGGGUGUAAAAGCAGUA